AUGUCCAAGGUCGAGCAGGCAGAACAAGAUACCCCGUCGCCGCGGAAGGUUCUAGCGGAUCGCACCAUUCAUAUUUCCUGGGUAAUGCCAACGACGUACGGCUCGCCAGUUAUUACCGACUUCGGAGCUGCACGCUUGGGUGAACCGGAGCAGAAGCACUCUGGCGAUGUUAUGCCAGGUGUAUACCGAGCGCCCGAGAUUAUUGCUGGGACAGAAUGGGACUCGAAGAUCGACAUCUGGUCCGUUGGAGUCAUGAUUUGGAGCCUGUUCGAAAGCCAAAAUCUCUUUCAUGCCGUCAAGGACGGCCAUCUGAACGACGAGCUCCACUUUGCUGAAAUGGUCUCUCUCAUGGGACCUCCACCAAAGGAGUUUUUGCACCGCAGCGAUCGAUGUCGUCAAUACUGGGACUCAGAAGGCAACUGGAUUGCUGAGACACAGAUUCCCAAGCAGAAUCUUGAGUCCCGUGAGACGAGUCUAGAGGGCGAGGACAGGGAACUCCUGCUUGCUCUCGCUCGCAAGAUUUUUCGUUGGCUUCCGGAAGAGAGGCCGUCAGCACAGGAUCUCUACAACGACGAAUUCCUUACUCAGUUUGCGCACGAGGACGAACCAGGCCCUUCUUGA